ACCCACUCUGCCCCUUGCUCGCUCUGCAGGAAGUCUCUGCAGUACUCUGGUCUGGCUGGCUCAGCUCGGAGGUUCCUGUGGCAUCCGUUGGAGGGGCCCCGGGUCACUCUGUUUCCUCCCGGGGGUGACUUGGCAGCGACAAGCUCUCUGUUUCCUCACUUCUGCAAUUGCCCGGGCUACAACAGAGACUAGCUCUGGGGCUCAGACCUGGAGGGACUGCGGAGUCUGUGGAGUCUGCGGGUGAACAGUACAGGCACAUACAGCACCCUAGGAUCAGGUGACCCUUCCAGCUAAGAGCAAUGGAGCAAAAUGAAUCCUCUCGUGUGGAUUCUGAGUUUCGAUACACCCUCUUUCCGACUGUUUACAGUAUCAUCUUUAUACUGGGGGUGGUUGCCAAUAGCUAUGUGCUAUGGGUCUUUGCCCGCCUGUACCCUUCCAAAAAACUGAAUGAGAUAAAGAUCUUCAUGGUGAACCUCACCAUCGCGGACCUGCUCUUCUUGAUCACCCUCCCACUGUGGAUUGUCUACUAUUACAACGAGGGCAACUGGAUUCUACCCAAAUUCCUGUGCAACCUGGCUGGCUGCCUCUUCUUCAUCAAUACCUAUUGUAGUGUGGCCUUCCUGGGUGUCAUCACUUACAACCGCUACCAGGCAGUGGCCUAUCCCAUCAAGACUGCUCAGGCCACUACCCGCAAGCGUGGCAUCUCUUUGUCCCUGGUCAUCUGGAUAUCCAUCGUGGCUACUGCGUCCUACUUCCUGGCCACAGACUCCACCAACAUAGUACGCAAAAAGGAUGGCUCAGGCAAUGUCACCCGUUGCUUUGAGCAUUAUGAGCCGCACAGUGUGCCGAUCCUUGUUGUUCACGUCUUCAUCGCGUUCUGUUUCUUCCUCGUCUUCCUUCUUAUCUUCUACUGCAACCUGGUCAUCAUCCACACGCUGCUCACGCAGCCAGUGCGGCAACAGCGCAAAGCCGAAGUUAAGCGCCGGGCGCUGUGGAUGGUCUGCACGGUCUUGGCGGUGUUUAUCAUCUGCUUUGUGCCCCAUCACAUGGUCCAGCUGCCCUGGACCCUAGCAGAGUUGGGCUAUCAGACCAGCUUCCACCAGGCUAUUAAUGAUGCCCAUCAGAUCACCCUCUGCCUCCUCAGCACCAACUGUGUCUUAGACCCUGUCAUCUAUUGCUUUCUUACCAAGAAGUUCCGGAAGCAUCUCAGCGAAAAGUUUUACAGCAUGCGUGGUAGCCGGAAGUGCUCCAGGGCCACUACCGACACCGGCACUGAGGUGAUGGUGCCGGCCGAUCAGACGCCUAUCACGUUACUGAAAAAGUAAUCUCUGUCUUGUUAAAGUCAGACCCAGAGUCUCCUCUUCUGUGGACCUCACAGACUGAGCUGGGAGAGGUUUGUGUGUGUGGCCAACCCCUCCUAGGACCCUGGUGGACUGUAAAGUGUGGGAGUUACUUUCUCACUGAGACGGGGUGGCGGCACUGGCCGCUUGUUGGAAAACACCGAACUUGAAUGUUUCUUUUCACCCAUCUCUGGGUUAAUACUAGCAACUGUGGCUGAUGGCCACACCCCAGCUAGGGCCAAACCUUGGGGGUAGACUCUGAGCCACCUAGUUCAUCCAACUGGGACUGCAGCCUUAAGAUGUGGGCAGUGACUUCUGGGGGCUGCAGGCAGAGGAAGGGGUUAUGGAGACAGGACUCUUCACCGGUCCUAUGGAAGAUGUUGGCAGGGAACCGUUGGGUUUAGGAUGGUACCCUCCCUUCUCCACCCACAGAUACAAGGUCUUUGUGACAGUUCUCAGAGGAAGUGGUUUUGUGGAAGCCUCUGACUGACCCAGUAACUUGUCUUAAAUGUAACCAGAGGAGAUAAUGCAAAAGCUGACUGGAAGCUAGGAUGGGAGCGUAUUUCCUGAGGCAGCUAAGACCUGAGAGACUGGAAGAGAUGGUUCCCUCAGGACACCGUAGUUUCAACUUCUGGCAGGCAGCAACUUCUUUUGGUGACCUCUGGACACCUGCUGGUGAUUUUUUGACCAGUGUGUUAAUCACAUUUUACUCACUGUGCCCAGCCUCCUUGUCAGAAACAAUUCAAAGGAGAGCUUUAUUUGGCUCACAGUUUCCUGGAGACUUCCGUCCAUCAUGGUCACGAAGGCAUGGUGGGGCAGCUCGGACUAUGGAGGCAGGAACAGGAGGAGGCAGAGGCUGUUCAUGUGGCAGUGAGCCCAGAAACAAGACUGCACUUUAAACUGGGGAUAGAGUACAACCGUCAGAAGUCAGCCCCCAGCCACCUACUUCUAUAGCCAGGUCCUACCUCCUAAAGGUUCCACAGUCUCCCAAAGCAACACUGUUAGUGAAAAUAAGCACACAGAACACAGCCCUGAGCCAGUGAGAUCAGGUAAAGGCAUUUGCUGCUAACACGAUGAUCAGAGUUCGAUCCCCAAACCACGUGGUGGAAAGAGAACAGACUCCUGCAAGUUGUCCUUUGACCUCUUCACGAAUGUUGUGGCACACACAUACCCCGCCUCCCCCCCCAUAAAUAAAUGUACAAAAUCAAUGCAACAAAGCAAAACAAACAUGACCCCAUGGAGAUGCAGGGUAUUUUAUAUUCAAGAUACAUGAGCUAUUACAUUCAGUCGAGGUCCAAUCCUGCCCUCUGAGCAGUGGCUAGAAACCUCAGACUCAGAACUCUGGGGAACUUUCCUUGGUUUCCCGAGCCUUGUGCACCUUAAAAAAAAAAAAGAAAAUGUUCUUUCUUCCAGCUAGUGUCCCCUUGACGUUGGGCCAGUUGAUUCCUGUCUGCCAGAGAAGCAUCGGCGGGUAACCCGACUGGGUUUGGGGUGAUGGCUAUGGGCUGUACCUAGCUGACAGUAACUAGGUAACUAAAGCAGCACACUUGAACUUUGGCCUCUUACAAACUCAGGUUCAAGUCUCACCUGUGCUAGGUGCUGUCUAGGAAGUGGGAAUUCAGUUUUCUACCUCUUAGUGUUAUUAGCUGGGAGGUACAACCUACCUCGCCGGGCUGUUAUGAGCAGUGCGUGCUCAGCUGACUCUUGUUUACUCAUCCCUGAUCCUCCCCGCAUUCCUAUGAUAGGAAAAGAAGGGGCGGAGUUGGACAUCUGGAUUCGGGGUGCUGUUGGGGGCUUUGCAAGCCACUUACUGAAGUCACUGAAACUCGGGAGCUGUGACCAUGUCUGUGUAAAGUGAGUGGAUUGGGCAGCCACCUGGGUAGACAAAUGGCUUUUUGAAGAAAGCAGAUGUGUCAGGCAAAGCAGAGGCCAGAGAGAAGCCACUAGCUCUGGUUCUCAGCCUUCCUAAUGCCGCAGCCCUUGAGUAGGAACCUC